GUUCUGAGAUCUGCGCGCCCUGUAAUCUCCUAGAUUUCUUGGUUCUUUUUCUGUGACCAAUCUACGUAAGUUUUCCACCAAAGAUCUAAUAUUUUCCUAAACAACACGAGAACAAGCUCAGAUUACUCUUCCAUGGCUUCUCCUUCCGCUGGAUCAAGCCAGCUCCAGAAUUCCGGUUCGGAAGAAGACUUGCGGGGUGUGAUCGACCAGAAGAAGCUGAAGCGGAUGAUAUCGAACCGCGAAUCCGCGAGGCGAUCGAGGAUGCGCAAGCAGAAUCACUUGGACAAGCUGAUGGCACAGGCGAACCAGCUGAGGGAGGAGAACACCCGGAUCCUGGCAACCUUCAACAUCACCAAGCAGCACUACGCUGCGGUGGAGGCUGAGAACUGUGUCUUGAGGGCUCAGGCGAUGGAGCUCGGCAGCAGGCUACGGUCUCUUGAUGAGAUCCUCCACUUCAUCAACAUCAGUCGCCAUGUCGUUUUGCACGACGACCACCAAAUGAUGGACGGUUCCAUCGGUCCGUGGAGCUUCGCGUGCAUGAAUCAGCCCAUCACGGCCGCAGCAGACGACAUGUUCUAUUAUUGACAGGCAAAAGAAGGCAUUGGUGGUGCGGUUGAGAGAGUGGUGUUUGUCAUAAUGUUGUGGUCUUUGUGUCCCUGUGUGUCAAGUGUUACUUCUGUCAUAAUGUAUUUUGGAGACCUUUUUGUGGGAUCAUUGUGGCAUAUCUAAUGAAAGGUCUUGAGUUGCUUUAAGGGUCCUAAAGAGGUAUGUUCUGUGACAGGUUCUGGUUGGUGUCUAAUCUAAGAAUAAUAUCUGCUGUUAUUUCUGCAAA